AUGUCUUUCCAAAAGCCCGAGAAGGAUUUCGGCGAAGGCCCAAAAAUCCACAAAAUCCGCAUCACCCUCACCUCGCGCAAGGUGCAGUCUCUCGAAAAAGUGUGCACGGAGCUGCUCGACCGCGCCAAAACCAAGAACCUCCGCGUCAAGGGCCCCGUGCGCCUGCCGACCAAGACGCUCAAGGUGACGACGCGCAAGACCCCCUGCGGUGAGGGCUCCAAGACGUGGGACAUGUACGAGAUGAGGAUCCACAAGCGGCUGAUCGACCUGAACGCGCCGACCGAGGUGGUCAAGCAGAUCAUCAUCAACAUCGAGGCCGGUGUCGAGGUCGAGGUCACCAUCGCGGCAUAA